AGACAACGAUCCUAUCCUAUACCUCCUCCUACCCGUAUACCGAACUCCUAAGCUCUACCAAUCCCCCUUGUUUCCGCCCUCGUUGACGAAUUCGACAACUCGCCCACCAUGGCCGCCAUCACCAUCCCCGAGUCCGGCUUCCUCCUGGAGAGCUCGGCAAACUCGAGCGAUUACCUCCCGUUACAAGCCUUCGGCAUCACGUUGAGCGAUAGCGUAAUUGAGGACAUGAUAAAAUGUGUACAGGAGGGCCAGGAGAUAGAAUUGACUCUCGGCAGUAGCCCUGUAAGUUUGACUUCGUCUCCCCCUUCCGGCCCCCCUCUUGUUGCUACGCAAACCUACGUCGUUAUAAGCUCCACCUGCCUACCUCUUGUCGGCAGUCAACGAAUCUGCCAUAUAUAGUUUUCGAUUGUCUGGUGGAUGGUAAAGAUUCGAGUCACCGGGUUAGGUUAACAAGACCUACCUGUCGCCUGGCAACGGGCGCACAGAAGAGAGGGAGGGAAGAAAAAAAAAAGAACCCGAGUA